AUGCCUAGAUCAAAACGUAGUAAGUUAGUUACUUUAUCACAAACCGACAAGAAAGGAAAAGAAAAUAAAGAAAGGAUAUUUGAUGAUGUCAGGGAAGCAUUAGAUGAAUACAAAUAUGUCUUUGUUUUAAAAUUAGAUGAUGUUAGAACUCCAGUCUUACAAGAAUUAAGAAGUGAUUGGAAAGGUUCAAAAUUAAUUUUAGGUAAAAGAAGAGUACUCGAAAAAGCUUUAGGAGACAAACCAGAAGAAGAAUAUAAAGAUAACUUGCACAAAUUAACUAAAUUAACUGAAGGUGUCGUUGGAUUAUUGUUUACUAAUGAAGAAAUUGUCACCGUUGAAGAAUAUUUCAACAAUUACAGUAAAUUAGAUUAUUCAAGAACAAAAUCAAAAUCACCAAUUGAAUUUACUAUACCUGAAGGUAUUGUCUAUUCACGUGGUGGACAAAUUGCCAUCGAAGAUGAUGUUCCAAUGUCCCAUUCUUUAGAAGAAACUUUAAGAAAUAAAUUUAAAAUUCCAACCAAAAUUAAAAACGGUAAGAUUUUCUUGAAUGAACCAUACAAAGUUUGUGAAGAAGGAGAGGUUUUAGAUGUUAGAAAAGCUUUAAUCUUGAAACAGUUUGGUAUUGCUGCAAGUGAAUUUAAAGUCAAAUUAUUAGGUUAUUAUAAUGGUGAAGAUGUAGAAAAAUACUAA